AUGACCAGAAGGAACCAUGAGGAUGGUGGAGGGCUAGGUACUGGUAUACCCAGGAACCAUGAGGAUGGUGGAGAGCUAGGUAUUAGUAUACCCAGGAACCAUGAGGAUGGUGGAGAGCUAGGUACUGGUAUACCCAGAAACCAUGAGGAUGGUGGAGAGCUAGGUACUGGUAUACCCAGGAACCAUGAGGAUGGUGGAGAGCUAGGUACUGGUAUACCCAGGAACCAUGAGGAUGGUGGAGGGCUAGGUACUGGUAUACCCAGGAACCAUGAGGAUGGUGGAGAGCUAGGUACUGGUAUACCCAGGACCCAUGGGGAUGGUGGAGGGCUAGGUACUGGUAUACCCAGGAACCAUGAGGAUGGUGGAGGGCUAGGUACUGGUAUACCCAGGAACCAUGAGGAUGGUGGAGGGCUAGGUACUGGUAUACCCAGGAACCAUGAGGAUGGUGGAGGGCUAGGUACUGGUAUACCCAGGAACCAUGAGGAUGGUGGAGAGCUAGGUACUGGUAUACCCAGAAACCAUGAGGAUGGUGGAGAGCUAGGUACUGGUAUACCCAAGAACCAUGAGGAUGGUGGAGGGCUAGGUACUGGUAUACCCAGGAACCAUGAGGAUGGUGGAGGGCUAGGUACUGGUAUACCCAGGAACCAUGAGGAUGGUGGAGGGCUAGGUACUGGUAUACCCAGGAACCAUGGGGAUGGUGGAGGGCUAGGUACUGGUAUACCCAGGAACCAUGAGGAUGGUGGAGGGCUAGGUACUGGUAUACCCAGGAACCAUGAGGAUGGUGGAGGGCUAGGUACUGGUAUACCCAGGAACCAUGGGGAUGGUGGAGGGCUAGGUACUGGUAUACCCAGGAACCAUGAGGAUUGUGGAGGGCUAGGUACUGGUAUACCCAGGAACCAUGAGGAUGGUGGAGGGCUAGGUACUGGUAUACCCAGGAACCAUCAGGAUGGUGGAGAGCUAGGUACUAGUAUACCCAGGAACCAUGGGGAUGGUGGAGGGUUUAGAGAAGAGGACUGA